AUGCCACAUCCUCAAGUACAACGCAGCGCACGGACUGUCUUCACGGCGACACCAGUGAUUGAAACGAGAGAGCCGGCGAUGUGCAUGCUGUCAACGGCGAAAGGUUUCUUCUUUGGAGCAGACAGCUUUUAUUCUGUCCAGCUGUCACGAGGCCAGGUGGAACCUGUAUGUCUCAUUGAGUCAACUGUUGCGGACUAUCCAAUCGCUCUGCUCCAAAUUCGAGAAGAUGAAGUACUUCUGGCCUACCAAAAUUACGGAAUAUUCGUGAAUUCACGAGGAGAACGAACAAGAAAUCAAAUGGUAGAGUGGGAACACAUGCCUAUGGAGUUUGUAUUCACUGCUCCAUACCUUUACGUUGUUCACUACGACUCGCUUGAAAUCCUGCAAGUGGCAGAAUACGCAGGACUGGAUUCGUGCACGAUAUUGGACGAACGUGAAGUGUUCGGUAUGUUGCCGUCCAAAUGGCGAUGUUUUCAUUUCCAUCUCGAAUACGGACAGUGUGGAAGUGCAUCGUUUCAACGCAACCAACAGCAAACGAAGUGCUGUGAAGCGAAAAGGAUUGACGGCCACCACAUUCGAUAA